AUGACACACAAAAAAGUCAUCGUUAUUGGGGGAGGAAUCUCAGGAAUCAAGACAGCUCUAGAUUUGUACAACGGAGGAGUCCAGGACACUUUGGUGCUUGAGGCGAGGGACAGAUUGGGUGGGCGAUUGUUGUCGAUCCAGUCGACGAACUCGAACGACAAAAGAAUUAAAUAUGAUUUGGGGGCACUGUGGUUCCAUGAUGCAUUGAAUAACCCUCUAUUUGAAAGGUCCAUAGAGAAAGGUAACGUAGAUUACUACUACGAUGAUGGUAAAUGUAUUUAUUUUUCCAAGGAUGAGAAAGACAUCAGUACAUGGCGGUUUUCUGCUACUUUAGACGAGUUCAUGGCUUAUUCCCAAUUUGUCUACAAGCAGAAUCCGUCCAAACCAGACAUUUCACUCAAGGAGUUGAGCGAGGAGUAUGUUCAAAAGUACAAGGAUAGACUCACUCAAGACCAGAUCAAGUAUGGGCUUGCCAGUGUCAGAAUGUGGGCUGAGUUAUGGCAGGGAGAAUCGUGGGAUAAACUUUCUGCCAAAUACUGUUUUGGGGGAGACCAUUUGGGAAGAAACGUCUAUGUGAAGAAUGGGUAUGUCACUGUAUUCAACAAUGAAUUGGACGAAUUACCUCAAAGUUACAGAGAGAACAAUAUAAAGUUGAAUACCCAUGUCACUACUAUAGACUAUACUUCUUCCAAAUACAUAGAAAUCACAACUAGUAGAAACGAAAAGUAUACUUGUGAUUACGUUGUAUCAACUAUUCCUCAAUCCUUAUUGACCAUAAACGAUUUGAACGAUCCCUGUUACAUAAAAUGGAUUCCUUCUUUGCCAAGACACAUUUCGUCCAUCAUGCCUAGUGUCAAGUUUAGUUCCUUAGGAAAAGUGGUUUUGGAAUUCGACAGCACAUUCUGGCCCACAGAUGUAGAAAGGUUCUAUUGUAUAACCGAUGGAGUUCCAAGUUCAAGUUCAGAUUCAAAAUCAAUCAAGCCAUGGCAGUAUCCCACUAUAUUGAUAAAUUAUCAUAAGCUUGCCGGUACUUCGACUCUUGUAGCACUUACGCAGAAUCCUUUAUCGGCAUACAUUGAAGGAUUACUUGGUGGUGACAAAGACACAAAGAUCUGGGAAAUUUUUCAGCCCUUGCUUCAAAACAUCUCUAGUUUAACCAAUAUUCCUGCUCCAAAACGUAUAUACCACACUCCCUGGAACAACGACAAGUAUGCCCGUGGGUCAUACUCGACCACUUUAGUUGGUUGCGACGAUCCUCUGGAAGUAGUGAAUGCCUUUGUAGAAGGUAUAGAAGACAGAGUCAGAUUUGCGGGCUCAGAAACAGUAGAUGGGAGUGCAAACGGAUGCGCUCAUGGAGGUUGGUUUAGUGGGGAGCGAGAGGCCAAUUUCAUCUUGAACAUGAUAAGGAAGGAAAGAGUUGCCUCUAAGUUGUAG